CAAGCCUAUAAAUACCUUUCCAUCCUCUCAACCUGCAGAGUCAUUCCGUAGGAACCACAUACGAAAAGCUAUGGGAGGAGGCCCUUCAACACUUUUGGAUAAACCAUGGAAGGCUUUGCCAAAGAACAACCAGGAAAGUCUUCAUUUUAUGAAAUGGUACAAACCUCGAAACAAAGAAGCCAGUCAUCUCAGAAUUCUGCUUCAUGGGCCCGUUGGUGCUGGCAAGUCCAGCUUCAUCAACUCUGUUGACAGUGUUUUACAAAGCAGAGUUACCGGUCGAGCUCUGACAGAUGCAACAUCUGGGGGCAGCUUCACCAAAGAAUACAAAACGUACAAAAUCUCCAACGGUCCAGAUACAUUUUACUCUUUCGUUUUUAAUGACAUCAUGGGCUUGGAGCAAAAAGCCAACAAUGGAGUUCAUGUGGAAGACAUCAAACUGGCUCUGAGGGGACAUGUGAGAGACGGUUACAAGUUCAAUUCUCACCCCCUGACGGAGGGUGAUCCAUCUUACAACCCAUCUCCCAAACUGGAUGACAGAGUUCACAUCCUGGUUUCUGUCAUUCCUGCUGACUCAGUAUCUUUGAUAAGUGAUGAAGUCAUAAAGAAGAUGAGAGAAGUCAGACUAGCAGCCAGUGCUAUGGGGAUUCCCCAAGUGGCUAUUCUCACCAAAGUUGAUAAAGCCUGUGCUGAGGCGAAACAAGACAUCAGAAAUGUCUAUAAGAGCAGGUACCUGGAUGAACAGGUCAACACGUUCAGUGAGUUGCUGGGACUUCAAGCGAACUGCAUCUUUCUUGUGAAGAACUACGCAAAAGAAAACGACACACAGGAUGACACUGAUGCGCUGAUAUUGUGUGCACUGAGACAGAUGAUCAACUACGGAGAAGACUUCCUCAACGACUUGUAGACCUACAACCUGCUGAGGCAAAAAAUGCUUUAAUAUGCAUGAAAACUAUUCAUCUGUCUAAUCUUGGAUGUGCAAAAAGAAGGCUUGUAUGUGUUCAAGAUUCAAUAAAUAACCCUCUACAACUUUUAUGUUAUUUCAUGCUGCCUUUUCACAAUAUGAUUUUGGUUUUUUGCAGGUAUAGGUGCGUCAACAUGGUUAUAUAUGAAAAUCUAAUAAAAAUCCCCAUAUGAUGUUUUUAAUUCCAUUACUCACUAUUUUAUUACUUCAUAUACUGGAAAGCCAGAUGGUCAAAGAAUGGGUGGUAAUUAAACAAUUAUUUUAGCCAACAAAUGUGUUUGAGGAAGGAAUGAAUAAAUGUUUUUUUGUCCUGAA